GAUUUCGCUGACAAAACGCUAUGGAGGGCGACAUCUUCACUCACCCGAAAAUGACAUUUCAGGUCACAGUGCACCGUCCUGAUAGCAGAAAACAUCCCCGUCCGGCGUGACAGCAGUACCUUCCAUAGUUGUACAAGAAAAUGCAGCCACUGACUUGAAGUCUGGGACAACCACUGCAGAUGCCAGGCCACGCUCUACUCCCGCUGAUCGGGAAACCACCACACAGGGGACACAGGAGGCCGGUACACAAGGGGCUACAGCAAGGAAAAGUGGUAAGUUGUUGGGACGAUCAGCUACUUGUUGGAAAUUUUGAUUUCAUGUUUAAAGGUAGCUGAUUUAUCUGAUAAAUAAGAAAAAGAAUUGCCCAGAAUGGCUACCAAAAUUUCAAGAAGACCGUAAAUUGCAGGUUCUGUAUAUAUAUAUAUAUGCACCACCUAGUGGGUGAUACAACUUAGAGUAGGCAGAUCCUUUGAUUUACAUAUAAAGAACUGCACAGCAGCGCAACAGUAAUAUUGACUGACUUUGAAGACAGGUGUCGCUGCUAUGUAAUAUUCAAAGGACAGGAAUCAGUGGAGUGAUUGGUGAUCAGGGUUUCUUUUACCUGAAACCAAUCAAAUUGCUAACUUGCCUUCAAUUUUGCCUUGACAUCUUUCAGAGAUGCAGAUAGCAUAAAUAAGUGAGCGUAACCCCUGGAGUAUCAAGGAUAGUAAAAAUGAGGAAUGGAACGAAGGAUUUGAUUUAAUUUUGUUGUAUUAAUACAAUAUUAACGGUGUGGUAUAAAAGGUUUCCAUCAACUUGUGACGGUUGUUUAUCAGGUUUAUCAAACUUGGCACAAUUAAUUUUUAAAUUUCUGAGUCAAAUUAUGAUCAGCCACGCACCACUAGUUGGAGAACCAACACCAGGUAAAUGAAAAGUAAGACAAUUUGAGUACACUACCAUUCUGAACUAUUUCUGGCCAGAUUGGUAACUUUAUAUAGACUUUAAUUGAUUAUCAUGUGAAAACCCAAUGAUUUAAAGGAGCUUUGUAUAGGAUGGCAGAAGUUAUCCACCAUGCUCUGAUUGACUACAGGAAAUGUUAUAGAUCUGACCAAUGAGAAUGCAUCAGGAAGUGACCUACACAAAGCGAUUGUUUCCAGUCUCCAAGACACCCAAGGAAUUCUGGGAGGACAGGUGUCGCGCGAGGAAUAGGAUAUCAGCAGGUGAUUGAGUCUGAACUGAAGCGAGUGGAACAAGUGGUUAGGAGCCUCCAUUCCAAGCUGCCAAUGGAAGAUCCGCGUUUACAGCACCCUGUGGUGUACCUCACAGCCUGUAGGGCUGAUAAGUACAAAGCUCUGAAGAACACAGCACUACGGAUAGUCAACAUGAGUGAUAAAUCAGAUUGAGGCCAGUCGCUGCUUUGGCACGAAAUAUAUGAUAAAUUCCGGAAGCUUGUGUACUGAUUUGUUGAAGGUGUUCGAUACUACAAUGAGGAAAACUAUGAGAAAGCCAUGUCAUACUUCCUACACAUAUAUGAACAUAAUCAGAAACUUCUGAGCGAGUUUGGUCCAGAGGGAGGACUUUCUAAGAAGCUUGUGUCGUACUACAGACGACACUGUAUGCUGAAACUAAACAAUAUGAUAGCGGCCCGUUUCCAGGACCAGGAUGAUGUGACAGACACGCUACACGUGAUGAACACACAGAUGUUGCCAUGCCUACAGCCAAUGACACACUUCUCCUCACAGGACGACAUGAGUGCCACGGAGGUGGUGAGGGAAAAGUGGUGUGCCUUCGUAGGGCAGGAGAUUAGCGCUCGCAAAAUUGAGAAGCUCCAAGAUUUCAUAUCAAAGUUGUUUGAUCCGCCGAGCGAGACACGUCCCUCUUCUCUACAGACUGUUCAGAUGCAGGAUUUACGGGACUUAUACAGACAGUAUGUAAAUGUGAUAGACAGCGCUGUCAACAGUGGAUCAGUGGAAAAGGCACUUAAAUGUCAGUAACGGUCAACAUCGGUCAGUACGGAGGAUCAACGGUCAAUGUUUGAUCGGCACAGAGGAUCAACGGUCAAUGUUUGGUCAGUACAGAGGAUCAAUGUUUAGUAGUUGGAACCAUUUAAAUGUCCUUGGAAAACCAUUGGAGUGUUGUCAGAGGCAAUAAACAGUUGGCUUGUUAUCAAUGUCAAUCCGUUGAAGUGUUUUCACUGAUGAAACUAUUGAAUCAUUGCCAGGUUCAGACGGUUAACUGUUGUCGCUGAUUUAACCAUUGAAUCAUUGCCAGGUUCAGACGGUUAACUGUUGUCACUGAUAAACCAUUGAAUCAUUGCCAGGUUCAGACGGUUAACUGUAUUUCAUAACAAAAAAAUAGAAGAUUUGUCCGUAUAUAAGAUUGAA